AUGGCUGUCAACCGCUAUGCUUACAAUGGUCCAAUUGACCACACAAUCGCCCCUCAACUCGAGAACAUUCGAGGCAAGUCGGUGAUUAUCACAGGCGGUGCCAAUGGCAUGGGCGAAGCUUUCGUCAGAGACUUUGUCGCCGCUGGCGCCUGGGUAACAUUCGCCGAUGUCAAUGAAGAGCGAGGCAAGAUAGUUGAAGCAGAACUCAAUGCCGACGGCCAAAAAUGUGUCUUCAUCAAGUGCGACAUCAGAGACUGGGAUCAACAAAAGGCCAUGUUCGAAACGGCCAAAAGCCAAAGCCCAAGUAAUUCGGUUGAUGUUGUCAUUGCAAAUGCUGGCAUUUCUCGCAGUUCGGGAGAUAGCUUGUGGAAUCUUGAUGACCCCAAUGGAGAACCAACAAAGCCCGACCUGAACAUUGUGAGGGUCAAUAUAGAUGGAACUUUUUACACGUGGAAGCUUGCAGUUCAUUAUUUCCGUCAGCAGCCAGUGAGCGAAGCAAGAGACCGCUGUUUCAUCAUCACAGGCUCGAUGGUCGCCUGGAUUGAUAGCCCAGGCAACUGGGAGUAUACUGGAACAAAGUAUGCGCUGCGCGGCUUCAUGAGAACAGUCCGAAGAUCAAGUCACGAGCAGGCUAUCCGCAUAAACUACGUCGCGCCCUGCUGGAUCAAGAGCGCCAUUAGGACAGCGGAGUACGAGAAGUGGCUGGUCGACCGCGGUGUGGAGUUUGGUGAACAGAAAGAUGUCUCCAGCUGCAUGCUGAGAAUCGCAACUGAUAGAAGUAUCAACGGUCGCUCGUUGAUGAUCACGCCCCGCUCCAUCGCAAAGGAGGGCUUCGUAGAUAUUGACAGAGAGGAUUACAAGGACACACCCGAAGAUGAAUAUCUGAAAAAGGUUCAAGCAUCACAGCUGGUAAUUAUUGAGGAUAAAUGGUUGGACUCAUAUAAAGUCCGAGUGUAUAAAGAAUAG